AUGGCCGUUCAUUUUGAAACCCCGUCUGAGGAGGAUCAGGACGAUACAGAUGCUGGGUCCAGUGGUCUAAUGGACCCUGUAAAAGGCCAAAGAACUAGUCUCACAAAUGAUGGCAUUGCAAAUGGGGCCAGACAAGUACGAGCAGGCGAUUCGAAGUUAAGGUCCAGUGGAGAAGAUGUAAACCGUCUUGUACAGGAUUCUGUGGUAACGAAUAGCGGAACUGAGGGAGCACAAGAUUAUAGCAUGAGAAAAGUGCCUCCUCGGACGGUCGAAAUAGAGAGUGUUGAGGAAGUAGAUGAGCUGCCUGACAGCAGCACUCUCAGCAACAGGAAAAAUGCAUAUGCAAAAUUUAAAAAGAAACUGAAAAAGGGCUUUAUAAACAGCAAGUUUAAAGGCCGAAAUAGUCCAGAUGAUGAUAAUAAGAUGGAAUUUGAGAUGACUGACCUGGCUGAUGCCGAUGGGACUGAAACUAUUGAUAUAGAUGCAGACGAUGGGAUGAGCUCCAAUACGCACCAUCGUCGACAUCCAUUAUUUGACGAUGCUGAAGAGGAAGGAUAUAUCGAGCUUACACCGCAGGACGAUUCUCCAUAUCCCGAGGUACGUGCAUCGGUGCCAAAUGUAGAUGAUCCCACAAUUCCCCAUAAUACGGUGCGAAUGUGGACCAUCGGUCUGCUCAUGACAACUCUCGGUUGUGGAUUAAACGUAUUGUUUUCGUUGCAUUCACCGGUGUUUCAGAUCUCCACAUUUGUGUCUGCUAUCACAGCUUGGCCGUUAGGACGGCUAUGGGACCACAUAGUGCCGAAUGUGACGGUGUUUGGACUCCAACUUAACCCCAGUCCGUUCAAUAUUAAGGAACAUGCGUUGAUAACAAUCAUGGCUAAUGUCUCAUUUGGAAGUGGAGCUGCAUAUCUCACUGACGUAAUUAUCACCAUGCGACACUUUUAUGGCAUGGAUUUUGGGUGGGGAUUCCAAAUCGUGGCUAUUAUCGCGUCCCAGACUAUAGGAUACUCGAUCGCAGGGCUUGUGAGGAGGGUUUUGGUUUAUCCUGCAUCUAUGAUUUGGCCAUCGAACCUCGUGGCUACAACGUUUCUGACCAAUAUUCAUUUAAAAGUCAACCAUAUUGCGAAUGGAUGGCGGAUAUCUCGGUUGAGAUUCUUUCUCACUGUAAUGUUUUGCUCUAUGCUGUGGACUUGGUUCCCAGGAUUUCUGGCUCCAUUUGUAUCUGAUUUCUCCAUUGCUUCUUGGAUCACUCCUCAGAAUGUUGUAAUCAACCAAUUGUUUGGUGUACAGCAGGGGUUGGGCAUGCUGCCAAUAACUUUUGACUGGAACCAGAUAGCUGGGUACAUUGGAUCGCCUCUGAUUCCACCAUUUUUUGCUAUUGGUAAUAUCAUUGCCUCGAUUUUGUUGAUAUUCUGGAUAGUGGUACCCAUCAUACAAUAUUCCAAUAUCUGGUUCGGACAUUACCUACCCAUGUCAAGUAUUAAUACCUAUGAUCGAUUCCAAGGGCUGUAUAAUGUGUCAAGAAUUCUUACUCCUGAGACGAAAAUUUUUGAUCUGCAAGGUUAUAACAACUAUUCACCAAUCUUCCUGUCAACCACAUAUAUAAUCUCAUAUGGCAUGUCGUUUGCGUCGAUAUCAUCUACAAUCACUCAUAUGCUUUUAUUUGACAGAGAAGAUAUUAUGUACUAUUGGAGAAACUCACGAAACGAACCUGACGAUAUUCAUAUGCGCUUAAUGAAGCGAUAUAAAGAAGUUCCUGAUUGGUGGUUUGCUGUUUGUUUUGUGCUGUUUUUCGUUCUUGCUGUUGUUAGUGUUCGUGCUUGGGAUACCGGUUUGCCAGUAUGGGCUCUAGUUGUUGCUCUUUUCAUUGCCCUUGGACUGCUUAUUCCAGUUGCGUUCAUUUAUGCCUUAACUAAUAUCCAAGUGGGUCUUAAUGUUAUGACUGAAUUCAUCGUUGGUUAUCUUGUACCAGGAAGACCCAUUGCAAUGAUGAUGUUCAAAACCUAUGGAUAUAUCACCAAUGCUCAGGCUGUAAGUUUCUUACAAGACAUGAAACUCGGGCACUAUUUAAAAAUUGCCCCUAGACUACUAUUCACUGCCCAGUUGGUGGCUACUAUAUGGGGAUGUAUGGUUCAAUUGGUAAUAAUGAACUGGUGCCAAGCUUCAAUUAAAAAUAUUUGUAGUGCUGACCAGCCGGAUAACUUUUCUUGUCCUCAGGCUACUGUAUUUUUUAAUGCAUCAGUAAUCUGGGGUGUAAUUGGACCUCGUCGUCAAUUUGACAGUGGAUCACUUUAUCAUAGCACUUUGUAUUUUUUCAUUUUAGGCGCUGCUCUACCGAUUAUAAGCUGGCUUAUUCUCAAAAGGUGGCCGAAAUCAUCUUUCAGAUAUGUUCACUGGCCAGUAUUCUUCAAUGGAGUGGGGUAUAUCCCCCCUGCUACCCCCUAUAACUAUGCAACGUACUGUGUGGUUGGCUAUAUUUUUGGCUACUGGAUCAAACGUAAUUGGUUCAACUGGUGGGCAAAAUAUAACUACACCUUGUCAGCAGGCCUCGACCUCGGCCUGGCUUUGGGAUCUUUACUAAUAUUCCUUGUCAUGUUAUCGCCGCGAGUCCAUCCCCCCAACUGGUGGGGAAGUACUGGUGGUGCUUUUAACAAUGCUGAUGCUCUUGCCAUGCCUCUUAAACAGCUGGGUCCCGGUGAAGCAUUUGGGCCAAGCACUUGGUAA